AUGACUGAGGCAAAUAAUUCCCUGCUGGCUGAAUUUGUCCUCACAGGAUUCACAGGCCGCCCAGAGCUGAAGACCCUGCUGUUUGUGGUGUUCUUUGCCAUCUAUCUGAUCACCAUGGUGGGGAACCUUGGUUUGGUGGCCUUGAUUUACAUGGAACGUCGGCUUCACACCCCAAUGUACAUCUUUCUGGGCAGCCUGGCCCUGAUGGAUUCCUGCUGCUCCUGUACCAUUACACCCAAGAUGUUACAGAACUUCUUUUCUGAGGACAGAGUGAUUUCCCUCUACGAGUGCAUGGCACAGUUUUAUUUUCUCUGCCUUGCUGAAACUGCAGAUUGCUUUCUGCUGGCAGCAAUGGCCUAUGACCGCUAUGUGGCCAUAUGCAGCCCCCUGCAGUACCACACCAGGAUGUCAAAGAAGCUCUGUGUUCAGAUGACUGUAGGGACCUUCAUAGCUAGUGCCCUGCAUUCUAUGAUUCAUGUAGGGCUUUUAAUAAGGCUGACUUUCUGCAGAUCUAACCAAAUUGACCACUUUUUUUGUGAUAUUCUUCCACUGUAUAGACUCUCCUGUACUGACCCUUUUAUCAAUGAACUAAUGAUAUAUAUUUUUUCAAUGCCAAUUCAGAUCUUUACCAUUGCCACUGUUUUAAUCUCUUAUAUCUGCAUUCUUUUCACUGUUUUCCAAAUGAAAUCCAAGGAGGGGAGAGGUAAAGCACUUUCUACUUGUGCAUCCCACUUUCUUUCUGUCUCGAUAUUCUACAUUUGUCUUCUUAUGUAUAUUCGGCCAUUUGAAGAAGGAAAUAAAGACAUACCAGUGGCAAUAUUUUACACAGUAGUCAUUCCAUUAUUAAACCCCUUUAUCUAUAGCCUGAGAAAUAAGGAGGUGAUAAAUGUUCUGAAAAGAAUUAUGAAGACCUAUAACAUUCUUAAACAAAUUUCACCCUCUAGAGCAAACUAA